AUGGAGCCGACCGCUGCUGAUCCCGGCGGCGGAGGUGUCGCCUCGGGGCUGCUCGCCGGGCGGCCGUUUCUGGACAUCGACAUCAACGACUGCAAGACGAAGGGCGCCCUCACGCGCAAACAGACGCACGAGGAGGUCACGUCGCAAACCGGGGCGUCGAUCGUGAUUCGUGGGCGGUAUAAGCCGCCGGGCGACACGUCGACCGACGAGCGGCCGCUGCACCUGCACCUCGAGGCGGACACACAGGAGGCGAUCGAACGGGCAGAGGCGAUCUUGCGCGAGCUCAUGGGCCCUCCGCCAGAGCCGGCGCCCGGGGGCGCCUACCUGAAACACAUCCAGGAGCGGUCGGGCUGCCGCGUGCAGCUUUCCGGCAAGGGAUGCAGCACCGUGGACGGCGGCCUCGACACGCGGCCCCUCCACAUCUCGAUCUCGGCUCCAAGCCCGGAGGCGCUCGAGCUCGGACGGACGCUGGCCGAGUCGCUCGUCAAGGCGGUUCGUGACGAUUUCGAAAAGCGAGGGCCCAAGCCGCCGCCCGGGCUGCCGCCACCUGCGCUUGCAGCUGCAAACGGCGCCGGUCCCGCUGUUCCCUCCUCUACCGAUGAGGCGGCGCGGAGACCGCCGGCAAGCUACUACGGAGCCUACGAUGGCCACUACGGCGGCGGGGCCGGCUGGCAGGGCCACUAUGGGACCGGGGCCGGCUGGCAGGGCGCAGCCUACCCCGGCCACUACGGCGGCGGUGAAAAGUCCAACGCGCUCGUCGGUGACGGUGUCCUCCAACCUGCGCCGCGCUCGGCGAACCUCGACAGCGCCUUCGAUGGCAUGCAGCUCUUUGCCUGUGACAGCGAUGGGCUCGCCCUCACUGGCCCUCAGUCACUUGUGCUGCGGCUUGUGUGA